UCAGUUCUCAGUCGUGUAUUCUUUCCUCUUUAUCUUCGCACAAUAUGUUUCUCGCGCUAUGUUCGAUCCAAGCUUCCUCGAGGCUUUAUAAACAUUCAAAAAAGAUUUUAACGUGACAUCUUGGAACAUCUUGUAAAAUAUUUCUUUCAUUAUAUCAUGCAGAUGUCGAUAAGAUAUUUAAACGCCUUACGAAGUACACUUUAAUACUUCAAGCUUGCCAUGGAAUUUGUUAAAUACGCUAUGCAAUGUGUGUUAAUUCAUAAGAAACGGUAUAAAUAUCUUUUUUCUAAACCAGCAUAUUUUCAUUUUUCUGUAACAUUGUUUGGCUCGCUUCGUAGUGGACGAUUUGAAAAUCGUUAUCGGGCUUUCUGUCGCCGUUCCGCGGAGAAUUUUAAUAAUUGAAACGCAACUCCGGGUAAAACUCGUUCCCCUUUAUCUACGAUCACAGUAAUAACCGUUUAUGAUCCGUACAAACUUUGUACAUAGCAGAAACACGUUUGUUUGAAACUACUUUAAUUUUCCAUAAACACAAACAAUUUUACAGAAACAUUUCAAUGCGAAAUUCAUAACGUUAUUUAAAAAUAAAGGCCGUUUCUUUAACCAUUGAGCUAUGAAUGGCAACACCAAAUUAACAAACGAGGACCUCUAACCAGUCACGUAUAUGUAUAUAACACAUACUUGUCCUCGAGUAGCUUUUCCUCUCGAAUCAAUGUUCUUCUACCGCUGCAUUUCAAUCAAAGCGGUUCCUGGAAAGUUCUCUCGGAUAAUUUCAACCUGCCCUUUACAUAUUUCUCCUCUCUGCGAUCGUUUCAAAAACAGCGAUUCGAAGUUGAAUUCGCGAGUAGCUAUCAAUUCACGUAUACGGCUAUACACAAGCGCAAUAUAUCGAAUCUACUUGACUACACUUACGUAGUAGUCAGUCUCGUGGAAGCGUCCAGCCAUGGAAAAUAUAUCUGCUCUUACGAAGGCGGAAGAGGAUAUGAAAUACGCAACGAGAUUCGUGAAACCAAUUUUAGGCGUAGUUGGUGCGUGGCCUGUUUCAUCUUCCUCCUCUUCCUUCUCGAAAAUUUUAACUAGAAUAGAACAUAUCCUGACGUAUUUCUUGUUCCUCUUGCUAAUGGUGCCGACCCUUAUGCACGUGUUUCUGAAAGAGACAAAUAAUAAAAUUAGACUGAAGCUCAUGGGACCGAUUAUCAACUGUAGCAUGCAAUUUUGCGCAUAUACGAUCCUUCUGUGUCGAGCGAAUGAGAUCCAAAAUGGUUUGAACGUGAUAAAGCAGGAUUGGAUAACAGCCACGGAAGAGAACCGAUUGAUUUUCCGCUCGAAAGCGAAGAUCGCGAGAAGAGUGGUGUUAACCGUUGCAAUUACCAUGUACGGAGGUGGUUUGUGCUAUAGGACUGUUCUUCCUCUUCUUAAAGGAACUAUCGUCACUCCUGGCAAUGUUACUAUAAGACCAUUGCCCUGUCCGAGUUAUUUCGUAAUUCUCGACGAACAAAAGUCUCCAAAUUACGAAAUAUUGUUUGUACUGCAAGUUAUGGCUGGAUUUGUUAUUUACGCAGUUAUUAGUGGCUCCUGCGGUCUUUCUGCUCUUUUUGUUCUGCAUGCGUGUAGCAUGCUGAGCAUCUUGGUGGACAAGAUGAAGGCUCUGGUGGAUAUGAGGGACAUGUCUGACACGAUGGUCCAACGGAGGAUCAUGGAUAUCGUUGAACAUCAGACGAAGAUAAAAGGAUUUUUAAAGAACAUUGAAACGAUUACACAGUAUGUUUGUUUGUCCGAAAUGAUUUGCGGCACCAGUCUGGUUUGUCUUGUAGGAUAUUAUAUCGUCAUGGAGUGGGAGAAUAAUAAUGCCACGGCGGUUUUGAUUUAUAGCACGAUACAAAUAUCGUGUACCUUUUCUGUCUUUAUUCUCUGUUAUAUCGGCCAACUUCUCGUAGACGAAAACCGCAUUGUUGGACAGGCAUCAUACAUGAUCAACUGGUAUUAUCUUUCAAGGAAACAUAUGCGUUCUUUAAUACUAAUUAUCGCUAUGUCUAAUUACCCGAUGAAAUUGAUGGCUGGUAAGAUGGUCGAAAUGUCUCUAGCUACUUUCACCGACGUCAUGAAAAUGUCAAUGGGAUAUUUAAACAUUCUACGGAACGUCAUCUAGAGAUCUUAUUAAGAUACUCAUGAUACAUCGGCAAGAAAUACUGUACAUAUAUUCCCAAAAAUUACGAAUGAACGUAUCUUCGACAGUAACGCUGUUCUAGUUUUGGAAUAAAAAUUAAUCAGAGGUCCAA